CACACUUCCUCGUUAGUCCGGGCCCAGCGGGAGCCGCCGGCUCGGAGCGCGGGACAGAAGGUUUGGAGGAGUAGUCGCUUUGGUCUUGAAUGUCUACAGAGCUGAGGACGUAGUUGUCUGUUCUGCUGGCUUCAAAUAUAGAAGUAGUGAAGAGUGACAUAGUUGUACGGAACUGAAAGGAUCCCCAUACCUGACUGAUCUAUGAAAUGGCAGAGAAUGGAACAGAUUGUGACCAGAGACGUGUAGGAAUGAUCAAAGAACAGCACAAUGGAAACUUUACAGAUUCCUCUUUGAGUGAACGGAAGCGAAGGGACCGAGAAGAGAGGUUGAAUAUUGUACUGUGGAGACAACCGCUUGUUACCUUGCAGUAUUUUUUCCUGGAAACUCUAAUAAGCUUGAAGGAAUGGACCAUAAAACUGUGGCAUCGGCGAAGUAUCCUGGUGGCUUUUUUACUGACACUUGCAGUGCUCACAGCUACGUAUUACAUUGAAGGAACACAUCAACAGUAUGUACGAUACAUGGAGAAGAAGUUCUUCUGGUGUGCCUACUGGGUAGGACUGGGCAUUCUGUCCUCUGUUGGACUUGGAACAGGUCUCCACACCUUUCUGCUCUAUUUGGGUCCACACAUAGCAUCAGUUACUCUUGCUGCAUAUGAAUGUAACUCGGUUAAUUUUCCUGAGCCUCCUUACCCGGAUCAGAUUAUCUGCCCUGAUGUGGAGGCAACUGAAGGAUCCAUUUCUUUAUGGGCUAUCAUCUCAAAAGUCAGGCUGGAGGCCUGCAUGUGGGGUGCUGGCACAGCCAUUGGAGAGCUGCCUCCAUAUUUUAUGGCGAGGGCGGCCCGACUCUCUGGUGCUGAACCUGAUGAUGAAGAGUACCAGGAAUUUGAGGAGAUGCUGGAACAUGCAGAGACUGCACAAGAUUUUGCUUCCCGGGCUAAACUGGCUGUCCAGAACCUGGUGCAGAAGGUUGGGUUCUUUGGCAUUUUGGCCUGUGCUUCAAUUCCAAACCCUCUGUUUGACCUGGCUGGGAUAACAUGUGGACACUUUCUGGUUCCCUUCUGGACCUUCUUUGGUGCAACCUUGAUUGGGAAAGCAGUAAUUAAAAUGCACAUCCAGAAACUUUUCGUUAUUAUAACAUUCAGCAAACAUAUAGUGGAGCAGAUGGUGUCCCUAAUCGGUGCUAUUCCAAGUGUAGGUCCUUCUCUUCAGAAGCCAUUUCAAGAAUAUUUGGAAGCUCAGAGGAUAAAACUUCACCACAGAGCUGACACUGGAGUGCCCCAGGGGGAAAACUGGCUAUCCUGGAUGUUUGAAAAAUUGGUGAUUGUCAUGGUUUGUUAUUUUAUCUUAUCUAUAAUCAACUCCAUGGCCCAAAGCUAUGCCAAGCGACUGCAACAGAAGAUGUACUCUGAAGAAAAAACCAAAUGAGCUUGGAAAGAAAAGCCCAGAAUGGGUUUUAGCAGACAUGAAAAUUGACACAUCUUUGCCUGUGUUUAAAAAUCAGCAUUAUUCAAAAUGGGGGAAAAGUUUUUAACAUCCAUUUUCAACUAUAACGAGUUUUUGUUUAAUUUUGAAAGCAAUUUGGAUAUUAGAGCAAACGUUUCAUUGACAAACUUAUAAACGUUAAGGUAAGAUACAAACACUUUACGAGUCUGAGCUGUAUUACACGGGGUGGACAGUGUGAUGUUAAGUGGUGUUUAACACUGAUGUCCAUCCAGAUUAUUUCCAGACCUGAUGAUUUAAUACCCUCCAUUCCCUGAUUUAACUUCAGGCUGACCUAAGGUUUAACUUUUGAUUUUGAAGGGUGGCUGGUUUGCUUUUUCCUUAACUUUCAAGACCGUCAAAAUGUAUAUAAAUGAAUACAGGUUGGAUACAAACCGUUGCAUGUCCCUCGUGGUAAGGCUGUUUCAGCUGAACCCCCCCGUGUCCCGCUGCAUUGCACGUGCUCUCGGUUGGAAAAGCCCCCCUCUUACCUUCAUGGUGUUAGCGGAGAUGAUUGAUGUCAAAAUGCUGAAGCUGACAUUUUUUAUUCUGUAUAUUUAGAACGACGUUAAGAUAAAACUUUAUAAAGUCACCUUGGAGCGUUCCAGAA